AUGUUCACAUUGCGCUAUGCAUUAAAUAGUAUUCGUCGAAAAAUCCGUUAUGUCAUUCAGUCAGCUCGGAACCAUCGUAGUCUCACUUUAUUUCUUAUAGUUAUUCUUAUUCUUGUGGGAAUAUUUCACAAAGAAAUUAUCUAUCGUCUUUAUUUGCAAACGAUUAAUGUUAAAUCAUAUAGAAAUACGAUUACUUUUUGGAGCAGUGACUAUCAUAUAAGUCCUAUUCAAGAUCUGAAGACUAUUCUCAUUCCAUUCGGCGUCAAAUUCUUCGAUAAAAGCCUUUCAUAUAGUUGCUCACGAACGGGAACAUGUUAUUCACCUUUAAGAGUCUUAACACGUAAGAAUGCACAACAACCGUCGAAAGAACUUGCCAUGCAAUUCUACGAAUUCUACAAAGAUCAACUCGAAAUGAAUCUCGUCGAUGCAUUCGUUUGCUUCCAUCCCGUUGGCAUGUGUGAACUCUACAUACCAUUCAAUCGAACCAUCAUCAUCAUUGCCUCAACACGAUAUGAACUCUGGAGAUUCGAUCCAUCUUCAUGGACGAAACUCAAUGAAAAUCUCAAACAAAUUGCAAAACAUCCCAAGAAUAUCAUUGCUGCAAACAAUCUCUAUGAUGUGGAAUACAUUCGUUAUUUCACCGGAAUCAACGCUACGCUUCUGCCGAGUUUUUGUAAUUAUACGAAUGUUAACUACAAUCCCAGUAGGGAAGAAUUCUUAAUCGCUCCAAUUCACGGCAAAGAUGUCGAAGUUCUGUUUCAAAAAUUACUUCGUAUUUCUUUGCAAUCACACUCUAUACGAGUCGUACCAAUCAGAAAACUCUAUUCUAAUUAUGAAUAUUCCGAUCUAGCUAAACAUCCCGCUAUUAUCUAUGUGCCUUAUCAAGUUUCUGUGAUGAGUCUAUUCGAACAAUAUCGAAUGAACAUUCCAUUGCUAUUCCCUUCACUAGAUCUUCUAACACAAUGGCAUCUAAAAUAUUCUGUAGUCAACGAAAAAACAUGGGAUCAGGCUUGGUAUGGUACAAUACCGAAUGGUUCGCGCAUUCCUGGUGUGCUGUCGGGUGUUCCCGAUCCGAAUAAUGAUCGCGAUCGAACAUCUGUUCGUUACUGGUUGAACUUUUCUGAUUUCUAUCAAUGGCCACAUGUUACCUACUAUGAUUCAACAGAUGAUCUUGUGCAAAAACUGACCACAACAGAUUUUCCAUCGAUCAGCAAGAAGAUGAAAGAACAUAACAAGCAAGUGAAAGAAAACUUGCUGACAAAAUGGAAAGAAAUCCUCGAUAAUAUCAAGCGAUAUUCGCCAAAGUUUUACUAG